UUGUUUUGCAGUCGUAAUACCGCAGUAGAAUCGAAAUGCCCUGAAUUACUUGCUAACUACUGUGAUCUUCUACUGAGAAAAACACAACUGAGCAAAAAACUCACGUCAGAAGAGAUCGAUUCGAAGCUCAAUAAUCUGCUCCUUGUACUGAAGUAUAUUGCGAAUAAGGACGUUUUCAUGAGGUUUCACAAGGCCCACCUGUCAAGGCGGCUGAUUCUCGACAUGAGUGCUGAUCAAGAAAAGGAGGAAGCCAUGGUCAACAAACUCCGAGAAUGCGGCAUGCCAGCUGAACAUGUGAACAAACUUUUCCGAAUGCUGCAAGAUAUUGAAGUGAAUAAGGAUCUCAAUUCGAAUUUCAAGAAAUCACUAGUUGGAACGAACAAUAAUAAGGCCUUGUCAGACCUUAUAAAUAUAAAAAUUCUAAACGGCGGUGCAUGGGGACGUGGUGGUGUUGGUGCGGAACGGGUACGUGUGUCAUUGCCAAGAGAACUGGAAGAAUUUGUUCCUGAGGUAGAAGCAUUUUAUAAGAAACACCACAAUGGCAGGAAACUGAACUGGAUGCAUCACUGGAGUAGUGGAACUAUAAUUUUUGGCACGGCUUCUGGUGGCCGGUUCGAUUUGGAGUUGACAACGUUCCAGAUGGCAGUUUUAUUUUCAUGGAAUGACCGAGCACAUGAAAAGAUUUCGUUUGAAUCUCUUCGGUUAGCAACUGAACUCCCUGACACGGAAUUAGCGAGGACACUUUUCUCUUUGGUGGCGUAUCCGAAAAUGAAAUAUCAACUGUUGCUGUGUGAUGCCCCAACUCCAUUGAAUCCACGGGAUUUUACGGACUCAACAUUAUUCUAUAUCAAUCAUGAUUUCCGCUUAAUCAAGAACGGCAAAGAACAACAUCGAGGAAGGAUAAAUUUGAUUGGCCGGUUGCAGUUGUCAAUGGAAUCGUCAGCCACAAAAGAGCAUGAAGAUAUAGUGGCAUUGAGGGAGUUGCGUGUUCAAGAAGCCGCUGUCAAGAUUAUGAAAAUGCGCAAGACGAUCACCUCGGCUCAACUUCAGACGGAGCUUGUCGAAAUGCUUAAACCUAUGUUUAUUGAACGAAAAGAUGACGAUAUCAAUACAUUUGUAUAUGUUUCAUAG